GUCUCGAUACUGUCACAAACAACGACUGCCUACUUAUUCUUUUAGUACUUCGGUGCUUAUUUUCCAACCCUCCCUUCUCUGUGUGCAAUGCUUCCACUGUCAUUGUUGAAUGCGGCUCAAAAUAAGCCUAUGCUCGUAGAGUUAAAGAAUGGCGAAACGUGUAACGGUCACCUUAUCAACUGCGACAAUUUUAUGAACAUUACUUUACGAGACGUUUAUCAAACGAAUUCCGAUGGUGACAGGUUCUGGAAAUUGAAAGAAUGCUAUAUCAGAGGAAGUACAAUCAAGUAUCUGCGAAUACCAGACACUCUGCUUGACGCUGUAAAGGAAGAACAGGUCCGGGCUAGAGAGGUGGGAAGGAGCACUCGAGGCACCGGACCUGGGAAUAGAGGUGGACGAGGAGCACCCAUGAGAGGUCGUGGUGGCCGUGGCGGCCCAAUGAGGGGAGGACGUGGUAGAGGUCGUGGUGUCCAAUGAUUUUGUGUGUGUGUGACAUGUGUAUCGCUUCGAUAUAUCAUCGGCGAAGCGCGCGCUUGACACCGACUGUCUCGAUUGAACUAGGCUUAUGUAGUCCAUGCCCCGGAAUCAGUCUAAGCACGCUGAAGAGCCUCCAGUACUUUGUAUUUUAUAGGCUGCUGCUUCGAAUGAGCCGGCAAUAAUAGGCAAUAACAUAGUCUGAAAAUGUGACAUGCCCAAUCAAUUU